AUGUCUGCACUCGACGAGCCACUCUCGCCGGACGCACAGGAGCAGAGGCGGCCGUCGAGCCCUGCUUCUGACAAGCAAAGUCCGCUCUCUCAGGACACCUUUCAAGAUGCCGUCGACACAGGCUCGCUGCGGUCACUGACCAAACGGCAGCUGUCAGUCCAGCGCCGACUCGCCGAGGAGCCAGUCGGCUCCGACAUCGACGACGAAGGCUCUCAGUCACCGCCGGCCGCACAGUCGCCAUCAACCGACGGCCAACCGGACACUGACGAGCAGGCCCUCGAGAAGUCACCGCUACGUCUUCUCUCGCCAGCUUCGAUUGUCUCGCUGGACAACGUGAAUCUCGAUGACGACUCGGCGGUUGUGCCUCCGAUUGGCAGCCCGCCUCAAUCCCUCCUUCACACCAUAUCCACUCCGAAAGAGGCUCGAAAGGAGCCGUCAAAGCCCAUGUCGUUUAGCAGCAUAACUAACGCGCUGCCGACAAUGCCUUGGGCCCCCCCCGCCAGCGAUGUCCCGAAAAGCCCCCCGGCAUCCAGUGCAGCAGCAUCGACGACAGUGGCGCCGGCGAUCCCCCCCCCGCCGGCCCCUGUGUCAACAGGUCGAAAGCUCACUAGUCCUUUUUCUUGGCUCUCGAGAAGCGCAUCCAAAGAUCAAACUGCCACACCCCCCGUACCAUCGCCUAGAAGGAAUACUGCAAGCUCGGUUGCCACUAUGACGAGCAACCCCGACAUGAUGCUUGGAAAGCUGGAGGAGGAAAACGAGGGCGAAGGACGGAAGGCGAUUAACGGGACACGGAACAGUCUCAAAGACCGCUUCAAGCAGUUGCGGAUGAGAGAGGAGGUAGUUGCCCCCUCGGCCACCGGAGAAGACACCACCAAGAGCAAGACUAGCGAAGAUAGGGAAAGUGGGAAAUCCAUGCAGCCUCCCACGUCACCCAUGCCGCCAAGUCCAAAUAGGACUCUUGCCCCGGGCACGGCAUCGGGCGUCACGGCUGGGCCUUCAGCCAUCUCGGAUGUGCCCGUUGACUGGGAACUUUGGCAGUCGGUUGUCAACGAAGGCCCUGCCGUCGUAGCCAGGACAAGCGCCGAAGAGCUCAACAAGGCGAUUGCAACGGGCAUUCCAAGCGCCAUCCGCGGCGUCAUCUGGCAGGUCAUGGCUCAAAGCAAGAAUGAGGAGCUGGAAGCUGUCUAUCGGGACCUUGUCGUGAGGGGAACGGACAAGGACAAGGACCGGCGGAGUAACGGGACGUCAAUCAGCGCAGCCAGCAAUGGCAACCCGAGCACCAAAGAGUCGGUGUCGUCUGCCUCAUCGGUACACUCCGGGGACUCGGGAGCUAAUACGAAUGGCGCCCCCUCCCCGACAGACAAGGACCCAGAGACAUCCCUUAAAGUGCAGGCCAUGAUUGCAGCGGAGCGCAAGAAGAAGGACAAAGAGGACGCGGCCAUGCUCCAGAAGCUAGAGAAGACGAUAAGGAGGGAUCUCGGUGCCAGGACGAGCUAUUCCAAAUUUGCCGCUGCCCAGGGGCUUCAAGAGGGCCUGUUUGGCGUCUGCAAAGCUUACGCUCUGUUUGACGAGGGUGUGGGCUACGCCCAGGGCAUGAACUUUCUUGUUAUGCCACUUCUUUUCAACAUGCCUGAAGAAGAAGCCUUCUGCCUGCUUUUGAGGUUAAUGAACCAGUACCACCUACGAGACCUAUUCGUCCAGGACAUGCCCGGUCUCCAUUUACGUCUCUACCAGUUCGAGCGGUUGAUGGAGGAUCUCGAGCCGGCCCUAUACUGCCACCUGCACAGGCGCGGCAUCUCUCCGCACCUUUAUGCCACACAGUGGUUCCUCACCCUAUUUGCCUAUAGGUUCCCGCUCCAACUCGUCCUCCGUAUCUACGACCUCAUAUUCUCAGAAGGCCUUUCGGCCGUCCUCAAAUUCGGCAUCGCUCUCAUGCAGAAAAAUGCGGCAACCCUUGUUGCCAUUUCCGACAUGUCGCAUUUGACGACCUUCUUAAAAGACCGUCUUUUCGAUGUGUAUAUCGAUGCUACCCCGUCUUCCAACUCGAUUCUCGAGAGCGGCUUCUUUGGCAGCAGCUCUAGCGGCAUAGACAAGGCUGUGUACCGCGCGGACCAGCUGGUGCGGGAUGCGUGCGAGGUCAAGAUCACCCCCGAGUUGCUCAAGUUGUACCAUACCGAGUGGGAAGAGAAGACUCGCACUGAGAAGGAGCGCGAGGCGGAGCUCGAGGGCCUCAAGGUUGUCAAUGCCAACUACGCCAUCAAGGUGCGGCGACUCGAGGAGCGCAUUGAGGCCGUGGACCACGAGCAAGCUGCGCUGGCCACAGACCUCGUGCGUACCAAAGUUGACAAUGAGGAGCUCAAGGACGAAAACGAGAGCCUCAAAGGCCAGGUCAGGGAGCUUCGGCUUGUCAUUGAGCAGCAGCCUCUGGAGAUUGAGGCCGCGUGGAAGCUUGAGCGAGACGACCUCAUGAAGCGCAAUGAAAAAGUUCACGAGGAAAACCAGAAACUGGAGAAGGAGCUCUCUGAGCUGGAGGAGGAAUUGGUGGCCACAAAGAUGCGGUAUGCCGAGAUCAACUCUCAGCACGAAACGCUUACUCGGAAAUGGACGGACCUCAAGCGGCAGUUUGCAUGA